AUGCCAAAUAUCAAAGUGUUUUCCGGGAGUUCAAAUUAUGAUCUGGCAAAGAGAAUAACGGAUCACAUCGGUAUAAAGUUGGGGAUGGCUAAUUCCAAAAAGUUUAGUAACCAGGAGACCUGUGUCGAAGUUAUCGAGUCUGUUCGGGGAGAGGAUGUAUACAUCAUUCAAACCGGAAGUGGAGAAGUCAACGACAAUCUCAUGGAACUCCUCAUCAUGAUCAAUGCGUGCAAGAUUGCAUCUUCUUGUCGGGUUACUGCCGUCAUCCCGUGUUUCCCGUACGCAAGGCAAGACAAAAAGAACUUUUCUUCAUUUUUUUCAAUUUUCAGAGUCACUUCACUGGCGGACCAACUGAACGUUGACUUUGCUCUUAUACACAAGGAACGCAAACGAGCCAAUGAGGUAGACCGAAUGGUGCUUGUCGGUGACGUGAAAGGCAGAGCGGCUAUUCUGGUAGAUGACAUGGCCGAUACCUGCGGUACAAUUUGCACAGCUGCACAACGCCUCACCGAAGCUGGCGCGACCCGGGUUUACGCGAUCUGCACUCAUGGCAUUUUUUCCGGACCCGCUAUCGAACGAAUUAACAAGUCCUGCUUCGAAGCUGUUGUCGUCACCAAUACGAUUGACCAGAAGGAGAACAUGAAGAAAGCUCCAAAACUGCAGGUAGGAUUUGGACUCGUUAAUAUUUCAAUUUCCUUUCACGUUUUAAAUUUCACCCCCGCCCCACAGUGCAUCGAUAUCAGUACUGUCCUGGCCGAAGCCAUCCGAAGAACGCACAACGGCGAAUCAGUCUCCUACCUCUUCAACCACGUCCCGCUGUGA